AUGAAGACCUUCUUCCUUCUCACAGUUGUUAUCUUCUUGACCAUCCAUGUCCAGGCUGAGAGAAAAGAAGAGAUUCUGACUCAGGAAGAGGCUAUGGCUGAGAAUGAGUCUCCUAAACUCCCUUCCAUGGAAGCUGAGGACUCCGAUGUAAUGACUUCAGAUCCUCAACAGAAAAGACUCCUCCUCUGCUUUUGUAGAAAAUUCUGCUUUUUCUGGGAAAAAAAACGUGGCACUUGCCGGAUCAAUGGUGUAUAUUAUCGAUUUUGCUGCAUUUAA